AUGGGGAUGGCCAGCUGGCAUAGCAGGUGCCCCCCACCCCCACCCCCGAGGGCGCGCCCGGACACCUGGGGCCGCCCCACCCCCAUCCCGCACCCCGCGGUGUCGCCUUCCCGGGGCGGCUCGGAUUCCCGGAUCCCCUUACCCCAGCGGCUCGGCUGUCGUGCCCCGGGCCGGGGGAGGGGAGGCUGCAGGAAGCGGCGGAUCCGGCGGCGGCUGUGUGGCCCGGGCGGCCGAGCUCCUCCGGCCAUGGAGAGCGCAGCGGCCCCUGAGCCCCCCGCCGCGCCCCGCGCCCGCCCGCGCCUCGUCUUCCGCACGCAGCUGGCGCACGGCAGCCCCACGGGCAAGAUCGAGGGCUUCACCAACGUCCGCGAGCUCUACGCCAAGAUCGCCGAGGCCUUCGGGAUCGCGCCCACUGAGAUCCUGUUCUGCACCCUAAACAGCCACAAAGUGGACAUGCAGAGGCUCCUGGGCGGCCAGAUAGGGCUGGAGGAUUUCAUCUUCGCCCACGUGCGCGGCGAGACCAAGGAGGUGGAGGUCACCAAGACGGAAGACGCGCUGGGGCUUACCAUCACGGACAACGGCGCAGGCUACGCCUUCAUUAAGAGGAUCAAGGAAGGCAGCAUCAUCAACCGGGUCCAGACCGUGUGCGUAGGGGACAGCAUCGAGGCCAUCAACGACCACUCCAUCGUGGGCUGCCGGCACUACGAGGUGGCCAGGAUGCUCCGGGAGCUGCCCAAGGCACAGCCCUUCACUCUGCGCCUGGUGCAGCCCAAGAGGGCCUUCGAUAUGAUUGGCCAGCGGAGCAGGAGCAGCAAAUGCCCCGUGGAUGCGAAAGUGACCAGCGGGAGAGAGACCCUGCGACUUCGGUCCGGGGGGGCCGCCACCCUGGAGGAGGCGCCCACUGAAUUUGAGGAGGAGGCGUCGCGGAGGGUUGACGAUUUGCUGGAGAGCUACAUGGGCAUCCGGGACCCUGAGCUGGCGUCCACCAUGGUGGACACAGCCAAGAAGACGCUGAGCGUCCAGGAGUUUGCGCACCGUUUAGACUCCGUCUUGGGCGAGUUCGCCUUCCCGGACGAGUUUGUGGUGGAGGUGUGGGCGGCCAUCGGCGAGGCCCGGGAGGCCUGCGGCUAGUCUGCAGCCCCAGCCCGGAGCCCAGCCCCCCGCCCCAGCCCUCCCGGCCGGUCCCCGAAGCCCAGCCCUGCUCCAGCGCC